ACAAAACAUCGAAAUGAAGAGUCAACAGUGUUGGUGCAGCCGGAAAUGUCAACAGAAAUGGAGAUUUCAUCAACAAGCUCUAUCGACAAGAAAAAUGAAGACACAAGACCGGACACAGGAUUUUCAUCAGAUGAAAAGAUUUUAUUCUAUGGCCUAGUUGCUGCCGGUCUUGUGUUGGUGCUGUGUUUGUCUAUUGUGUGUAAUAUUUGUAUCAAUAGAAAAUGCAGAACAGAAAAUUUGGCCACAAAAAACAAUGUUCCGAAUGUAAACAGCGUCGCUGUAAUUCAAGAACCUUCUUUAGAACCGGAUGACAGCUCAUCGACCUACGAAGUAAUCUGUGAAAGUGAAAUGCUUUCAUUUGAAAAAAUCAAACUCAAUACGAAUGCUUCGUUUCAACAAUCUCUUGUUUUUGAAAAGAAGUUCCAGAACAACUCUCCAACUUCAGAUAAGCCAUACUUUGAAGUUUUUGAUGGUGACAACAUUUAUCUAAAUCCGUGCCAUACCACUGAAGGUCAAGAACAAACGGAUAAUUUGAAGAAAAUCUCCUCGCCGGAAUAUCAAGUAGCAUUACCAGCUACUGGUACUAUUUGUUGUGCAGGACAAAAUCGGAACCAGUCGAGUGACAAUGAUAACAAAGUUAAAGUUCAAGAAAGUUCAGAUAUGAAUAUUAAAAUCCAAAUUGAUCCGGCAGACGAUAUAUCCGUCAAGUAUAGUGUAGGUGAAGAUAUCAAAGAAUGUUUAAAAAGAUAUGAAGUCGACGAAAACAAUCGUUUACUCGUUCAAAGAAAAGAAAACACUGAAUCGAUGUCAAACUUCAUUGAGUUAUCUGAAACAAGUUCGUCAGACGACAAUGAAGACAAACCAACAGUUCAGACGGAUGAUGACUAUAUAAAUCCUUACCAGACAUUAAAAAGAAGUGAGAAUGAUGAUGAACAUGAUUACAAUAUUUGUGCCGUUCCUUAAAACCCUCGUUGUAAAUACAUGCAGAUAUGUUAUUGGUUGCGACAUUGAAUUAGGCAUGCCAGAACAACCAGUACUAAUCUAUAUCAUCGUUUGUAUUAGUUGCAUAAUCUUACUUCUUUUGCUACAUUUUGUAGUUAAGACAAGAUUUACUUUUUAUAAAUGUGCAGAAGGAAUAUGAUUUGUAGCUACAUUCACAUAUCGUGAAGUCUAUUGAGUUGCUUGAGUGAGACAUUGAGUUUA